AAUCACACUUAUUUAAUAACUGCUUAAGUUUUCAAAAAAUUUCUGGUAUUAGUAUUAUUUUAUUACAGCAUAAUAUACAAUAUUCUUCUAACUACUUCAAACUAACUAUCUCGUGCUUAUAUUAUUUUCAUAUCAUCCAACAAUAAAUACAAUAUUAUAAUUAUAUUUGCUCAAUUUUACGUUAAAAACAAUUUUCCCAAAAACUUUUGAUACAUUUUAAAGUUGUAUAUUUUGUUUAAAUUUUCAUUGUAAAAUGGCUGUAAAUAUUAGUUCGCCAGAUACAAUAAACAAUAUAAUGACCACUCAACUGGACUUGGAGGAAUUAAAACUCAACAUCGACAAUAUGUUUUUAGUUUUAAAUGGAAUAAUUGUAUCCUUUAUGCAAGUCGGAUUUGCAUGUUUAGAAGCUGGAUGUGUGCAGCCCAAAAACGUGACUAACAUUUUGAUGAAAAAUAUAUUGGAUUUAUUCAUUUGCGCUCUAUCAUACUGGCUGAUCGGAUAUGGGUUGGCGUAUGGUGGCGGUGGUUGCGGAUUUUACGGUAAAGAAUACUUUGCGGGCGUCGACAUGCCGUCGAGCCAAAACGGCGUGUGGUUCUUCCAAUAUGUGUUCGCUGCGACCGCAGCAACCAUCAUAUCUGGGGCUGUGGCUGAGAGGUGCAAUUUCAUUGCCUACAUAUUCUACAGCUUUAUCAUAUCGGGUGUGACGUAUCCCAUUGUCUCGCACUGGAUUUGGUCACCCGACGGUUGGUUACAGAAAAUCGGAUAUUCCGAUUUUUCCGGCGCCGGGGCUGUGCACCUACUAUCCGGUACCUGUUCGUUCGUCGCAGCAUUGUUCAUCGGCCCCCGGAACGGACGUUUUAGUACCGUCGCUCCAAAUGAAUAUAACGGACACUCAAUGCCGCUAGUGGCCACGGGGACCCUGCUGCUCAUAUCAGGAUUCUUGUCGUUCAACGGUGGUUCUCUGGGCCACAUUACCAAUCCUGGUGACGGAAUCGUAGUGGCAAAAAGCAUAAUCAACACCAUUUUUGGUGGCAGUGGCGCAGCAUUAGUGAUACUGAUUCUUGCCAAAGCCGGUGUGGUAGGCGAGUCCAGGUGGCCGUUCGCGAUGACUAUCAACGCCAUUUUGAAUGGAUUAGUCUCUGUGUGUGGAGGUGUAAACGAGUACACAAAUUUGUCUGCGACGAUGAUCGGCAUGAUUGGUUGUAUUAUUUACUUAGUUUUGCAAUGGAUUAUUCCUCGUUUAAAAGUGGAUGAUCCGUUAGAAACAACUGCUGUUCAUUUUGGAGGUGGGUUAUGGGGAGUAAUAGCUGCACCGCUUUUUAUAAAAGGAGGAUUUUGGAACAAUCCAGAUUCUAUGCCACUAUUGAAAUCGAAUUUAAUUGGCGCCGGGUCAAUUAUUGCAUGGUCAGUAAUUAACAGUGUAAUAUUGUUUGGAUUUCUUAAAGUGUUUGAUCUGCUCCGAGUGUCCACAGACAAAGAGAUUAUAGGUUUAGACAUAAGUCUUCAUAAAGAGCCAGCAUACCCAGUGACUAACAUUUCAAUUGAAAAUGGACAUAAAAGCAGCAAAACCACAACCAUCAAACACGCCUAUGAUAAUGUGGCGAUGCAACAUACCAUCCUACCGUGAGCAGAUAUUUCACCAUUUGUAUUUAUGUACAUAUACAACAAUAUGUCAAUAUAUCUAUAAUAUCUCGUAGUCAUAGGACAAUAAUACGUAUAAUAUAAUAAUAUGAUAGGUGUAUACUGUAUAGUUAUGUACAAUGUGCAUAUAUUGUGUUGUAUGUUUUACCAGUCGAUUUAUUACCAUUGUACCUAAAGAUAACAGAGGUAAAUUACCUCAGAUAACAUAAUAUUAUAAUAUAAUAUGUUGUGA